AAUCCUCACAAAGGGUGGGGUUGUCGGGUGAACGGGAAUGAAGGCGGCUAUCCACAAACCAACAUGCACAUCACAACCACAGGGCAGUGCUGACAGAGACGGGGAGAAAGUGAGACAGGGAAGCAGAGUAGAUUGGUGAGAAGCUGAGAGUGGGGCAUUAAGCAGUGCACCUGUGAAGAGGAUUCAUUUUGGUCCAAAUGAAAACUUUCUAGGGACGAUAGAAGGGAUCAUUUAAGAGUCCUGGGGUAUUUGUUUUGUUUUGUUUUUUUAAAAAUCCUUUGAUCCAGUGGAUAAACAAGAAUUUUCUGGAUACCAUGGAUGAAGAAUUUCCCAGCCAGGAGAUGUCUGGGUCAACAGAGACGACCAGUCAGACUGACACCAACAACAACUACAACCAGAUAGAUGAGGACGAGAGUAAAGACCCAGGGAGAGAGCCUCCAGCGGGGGAGACAGCGGAAGGUCAAGGGUUAGGGGAGGUCGGGGGGAAGGGGGAGGAGGAUUCAGAACCAGACCAAGGAGGAGGAGACGAGGCCGAGAAUACUUCAUUAGAGCGUGUUGAAGGUGAAUUUGAAGAGGCUGGACAAGAUAAAGACAAAGCCUCCACUGAUGUUGACCUGAAGGAUCCUGAAUCAACAAGUGGAGAAAAAGAUGGGGAGGGAAAGAGGGAGGAAGAUAAAGAAGGUGGGCAGGUGGAAGAAGUCAGGGACAAAGAAAUGAAGGAUAAUAACAGAGAAGAGAAGAAGAGUAAAACAGAGCAAAAAGCCAACGAAGCUGGAAAAGAUGUGAAUGAAAAAGCAGAAAAAGGGGCAGAGAAGAAAAAACAAGUCAAGGAAGUGGAUGUAGAGACGAAAGACAAAGGAAAGAUUAAGGAGGUAGAAAAGCAAGGGAAGCCCAAAAGAAAGAGUGGUCCUCCCUCCUCUUCUCUCUCCCGACCAAGACUCUCUGCACGCUCUAUUAGAGCGUCUGCUAAAAAUGACAUCAUUGCGAAGUUCCAGCAAGGUGCACCAGAGACACCCAUACCCCGCAACUUUAAGAUUCAGAGGUCAUCUGCAGCUGUGGCUACAGGAGCUUCAAUUAAACAGAAGAUGCUUCAGUGGUGUCGCAACAAGACUCGCAACUACAAGGGCGUCGAAAUAGAAAACUUUUCAUCGUCCUGGUCGGAUGGGUUGGCGUUCUGUGCUCUGAUCCAUCGUUUCUUUCCUGAUGCUUUUGACUACAGCUCCCUGAAUCCAGAGGAGAGGGAGAAGAACUUCACUCUAGCCUUUCAAACUGCAGAGUCUCUGGCCGACUGCUGCCCUCUGCUGGAAGUGGGUGAUAUGAUGAUGAUGGGUAAAAACCCGGACCCCAUGUGUGUGUUCACAUAUGUGCAGUCCCUCUGCCACAGCCUCUCCAAAAUAGAGAAAGAGAGGAAGGACAAAGAAAAGGAGGAGAAAGAGCCGGCUGGUGUGGGAGAAGAGAAAGGAGAAGAAGCAGCAGGGGAGGUGUCCCCGAAGAAGGACGAAGGAGACUGUGCUGAGAAUGAGGCGAUGGAUAGCCAGGGAGAAGUAACAGAGACAGAGGGCACCGGCGAGGAAGGAAAUGCACCAAACAACUGUGAGAUGGUGGGAGAUGGAGGAGUGUUAGCCGAGGCAGAGUCCUAGACAAAUUCUGACAACAAACAGAAAGACUGAAAAGACCAAAAAGGUUGUUGAUGGUUGCGGUACUACAAUGAGUAAGUCUUAACUUUAAUUGUUGGAUGUUGUUCAAGGGACGAUAUGAGGUCUGUAAAGUAAAGGGUUGCCCUCACACUAAAAUUAAGCUAGGGAUAACUGGCUACACUGACUGAUAGGUCUUUAAAUAUAAGGACUAAGCAACAACUAAAAUUAAUAGAAUACUAAAACUACAAUAAAAACAGUGCGUAAACAAGUCUUUUUACAUAGUUAGGCUACUCCCUUUUAUUCACCUCUGUUACCUCUAUAUUUGGCUACAAUAAUUAGACUAAUAGUUGCAGUUGAUUGUUAUUGCUAGUUGAUAUCUGAGCCCAGGUUCAUUUUUGAGGAUAUAUCAUAUAUAUUAAUAAAACAUCAACACACAGAA